AUGGAGAGUUCUCGGGUCCGUGCUGUUCUAUUCAAGAAUGAGCAGCAUCCAACUGAUGCGCAUCAAAUCCUAAUUAGCCCUAACAUAACUAAAGAAGAGCUUUUACAUUUAGCUUCUGAACAGCUCGGAAUUUCAGCGAAAAAAAUCUUUUCUGAAACAGGGCUCCUUUUAAACUCGCUCAACUCUAUAUCAGAUGGCACAACGUUUUACAUCUCUCAAGGUGAAAAUUUCCAAGUAAAAUCAUCCUCAAGCCCACAAAAAACUAGCAAAAAAUAUGUGAUUUGUUUAUUAGGUGCAGCGGCUGUAGGAAAAUCAGCGAUAACUUUGAGAUAUGUGUCUAAUAAAUUUGUAAGGGACUAUGAUCCAACAAUUGAGGACUAUUAUACCAAAAAUGUGGUAAUUGAUAAUGAGCCAACAGUGAUAUCAAUUUUAGAUACUGCAGGCAUGGAAGAUUACUCACCUUUAGUUGAUGACUGGAUUGAUAAUAAAGACGGAUUUAUUUUGGUAUACUCAGUAGAGCUGCCUGAUUCACUAACAAGAUUGAGAUUUUUUAGAGAUAAAAUAUUGCAUAGAUAUCAGCGUCAAGGAAAUAAAGGACCUGUCACAGUUAUGGCAGCAAAUAAAAUAGAUAUUCCUAACACCCCUGUAAGAAAUUAAAUGUUGACGUUGACGGAAAAGGGACUCAGAGGCGAAAUUUCCUGAUGGAUCAGUGGACCGGUGAAAGAGGUGGCAAAAUAUGCCUUUAGUGCUCAAGCAGACUGUCUCAAUGGGAGCUUGCCAAAGCAGGGUGUUUUGCUUCUCCCUGAAGGUUUUUCCCUGUCCUUGCCAGAUGGGCUAGACAGGUUUUGCCUACCACAUGGUCUUUCCUCAUCGGGGCCAUCAGGGAGAGAUGACCCCCUGUCAAGGUGGUUAAGGCCGAAAAUCCAAAAUGGUAUCAUGCCAUCUUUGGAGCUGAGACGGGGAGUAUGGUCAGCGCUUGCGGGAGCGCUUAUGGUCGGACACUUAUUAAUCUUAAUCUUAACACCUCUGUGAGAGGACAAAACCUUUGGAAAAAUCCCUAUUUUUUGGGCGAAAAAAAAAUUAUGAUAAAAAGCUUGAUAUAUAAGUGAUAAUCUUUUAUAAUGAAAUCCCUUGACAAUUCCGUUUAAUUUUAAACAGCUUCAUUUAAAACAUAAUUUUACAAAUUAAAUCUAUAUUUGUUUUGCAAUUUUUGCGAAUUGGGCUUUUUAAAUUUUGGAAAAAAAAUUAUUAUAAAUUGAUAUUUAAAUUAGCAUACCUCGUGAGCGAAAAAAAAAAUUUUUGUUUGCUCAUGGAUGGGUGAGAGUAAUAGAAAUGGAGAAAUAAAAUGGUAAAUAGGACUCCUAGGCGACACCUCCUAUAGAGUAAUGAACCGGCAAGAUGGGUUGUGAAAGUAAGCUCUUUAUGAGCUAAGUAGACCAUCUCAAAAGUAAGCCUGCCAAAACAGGGUGUUUUAUUUCUACCUGAAGGUAUAGAGAUUUCCUCUAUAUAGCGCUGAAAGCGCAGACAUUUCCCAGGAGCUUUCCAAGUUCGUCGGACCAAAUCGCUUUUGGUCCGACCAAGGCAUUUGAUUUGGUGCAACCAACCGAUAAAUUCGAUCAGAAUUUAUCGGCCUUACAGCGCCAAACAUAGGAAACUUCUAUAUUCCUAUCCCUUUCAGAUCGGCUAUACAGGUUUUUGCCUUUGCCCUAGGGAACUAAUUCCUUUGAAAGGUAUUUAAGGUCGGAAAUCCAAAAGGAUGAUCUUUUGCAGCCAGAUCGGCGAAGGCUAGUGAAUUUCCCCGCUUAUAUCAGAAUAACAAUUUAAUUUUUUAAUUAAUAAUAGAAAUGUAUCAGCUGAAGAAGGAAGAAAGGUGGCUGAAGAACUUGAUAUGAAGCAGUUUGAAGUGUCCGCUGCUACUGGGCAAGGAAUCGAUGACGUAUUUGCUGAUAUAAUAAGAGUGCUUACUUCUCCCAUUUAAUUUGGGGCCAAAAAUCCUAAAGGGGAAGUUAUUUUUUUUCAAAAUAAUAUUAUAUUAAAUUUUUUCCAAAAAAAGACUUUUUGAGUUUUAAUCUAUUUUAUGGAUAAUUAAUGCAAAAAAUUAAUCGAUAAAGUGUAAAAAAUGUUUAAAUAAAUUCGCAUUGCACUUUUCCAUUAAAUUUGGUUAAAAACAUUUAUAAAAAUUAAGUGUUUUAACUUAAAAUUUAUUAUUGUUCAAUUUAAUUGGCCCAAAAAAUUGAAAUUUUACCUAUAUUUUUUGUUUCAAUUUAAAAAAGGGGGAGUUAGAUCAAGAAGAGUUGUGCAAAAAAAAGAAAAUAAAGAAUCCUGGUUUAAAAAAGCAUGCAGCCUUCUUUAG